AUGUCUCAAUAUACCACACCACCGGAUGAGACUCCUGAAGAAAGAAAAAAGCGGCUAAAACGGAAGCGACAAACGGAGUGUUACCACCGUCGACGAGCCACCGGAACAGUCUCGCCGGCACCUACAGCGGCCUCAACGGGAAUGGUUGGUAGUCACAGUGUGACCUUGGGAGAUGUGGCACCAGCCGCUUGCAACUCAACACCAACACUUCUACCACCACCACCCCCACAGCUGAAUGUCCCAGUACCAUCGCCAUCAUCGCACCGUGAAGCCAGCAACAUAGAAGCUGCAUCCGUCCCAACAUCGUCACUUCCACCACCACCAGCACCGCAACCACUGGUACCAUCAUCAUCAUCAUUAUCAUCAUCGCACCUUGAAUCCCGUAUCCAAGACAUCUCACCUAUGCCUGCCUGGAUGGCUCGAUAUGCCACUCCUCCAGAUGAGACUCCUGAUGAAAGAAAAAAUCGGCUAAGACGAAAGCGACAAACGGAGUGUUACCACCGUCGACGAGCCACCGGAACAGUCUCGCCGGCACCUACAGCGGCCUCAACGGGAAUGGUUGGUAGUCACAGUGUGACCUUGGGAGAUGUGGCACCAGCCGCUUGCAACUCAACACCAACACUUCUACCACCACCACCCCCACAGCUGAAUGUCCCAGUACCAUCGCCAUCAUCGCACCGUGAAGCCAGCAACAUAGAAGCUGCAUCCGUCCCAACAUCGUCACUUCCACCACCACCAGCACCGCAACCACUGGUACCAUCAUCAUCAUCAUUAUCAUCAUCGCACCUUGAAUCCCGUAUCCAAGACAUCUCACCUAUGCCUGCCUGGAUGGCUCGAUAUGCCACUCCUCCAGAUGAGACUCCUGAUGAAAGAAAAAAUCGGCUAAGACGAAAGCGACAAACGCAGUGUUACCACCGUCGACGAGCCACCGGAACAGUCUCGCCGGCACCUACAGCGGCCUCGACGAGAUCGGUUGGCAGUCACAGUGUGGCCGUGGGAGUUGUGGAGCCUACCAAUGGCAUCCCAGUAUCAACACUUCUUCCACCACCACCACCACCACCGCCGAAUACCCCAAUACCAUCAUCUUCAUCGCACCAUGAAGCCCGCAAUAUAGAAGUAGCGUCCAACCCAGUAUUGUCACUUCCUCCACCACCAGCACCGCAAACACCAGUGCCAACAUCAUCAUCGUCAUCAGUGUACAAUGCCCAAGAGACCACAUCCACGCCAGCUUGGAUGGCUCGACAUGCCACUCCACCGGAUGAGACCCCCGAUGAUAAAAAAAAGCGGCUGAAGCGAAAGCGGAAUGCGGAAUCCUACCACCGUCGACGAGCCGCCGGAACUGUCCAGCCGGCACCUACAGUUGGCCCGACGCAAACGGUUAGCAGCCACGAUGUGCACGUUGGAGCUGAGGAGCCUGCAACUUCCAAUCCAACAUCACCAUUUCUACCACCUCCACCACCACCACCACCGCCACCAAAUCCCCCAGCACCAUCAUCAUCAUCGCACCACGAAGUCCGUAAUGAUGAAUCCUCAUCCACACCAGUCCAUGUUCCCGAAUUCCAUCUCCCGAUUCGGCAACGCUGGGAAGCUAUAUUGCGGGAUAGACUUCAACAGCGGAACCGCAGUGGUAGAUUGAAGGUGGCACUUGGCGACCUGGAUAGCUACAACCGUCCGGAGCGACAUAGGCUGAGUGUUCUCGAACCAUGCCUUUUUUGUACGGCGCUGAAGUGGCCAGGGGAGACGGGAAGAACAUGCUGCAACGGUGGCCAAGUUCUGCUGCCAUCAUUUCGCGAACCACCUAGAGAGCUGUUGGAGCUAUUCGACGACGACGCAUUCAUGCGCAACAUCCGGGGGUAUAACAACGCUUUCGCGUUUACCUCAAUGGGGGCAUCGAUGCGUCCAGCGGAUCGUGUGCGACAGGACCAAGAAGUCGCUGGCCAGUUCGGGGUAUAUAACUACCGAAUUCAGGGCGCACUUUGUCAUCGCAUCGGUACACUUGGCCAUCGUGCGGAGCAAGCGCCGAGGUACGCGCAGCUCUAUUUUUACGACUCGAACAGCGUGGAACAUAGCGAUCGAAUGGUGGACGCGCGUCUGGCAUACACUCCGAACCUGGAUCGAGCAAUAGUCCAACGCAUCCAAAACAUCCUGCAAGCAUGCAACCCGCUUGCCGCCCAGUUUCGCCAUGCAUUCGAGCGGAUAUGCGGAUCGGAGAAUUUGAUGCUGCGCAUACCCGCACGAUUGCCUGGGCUUGACCAGCGCCGCUACAACCAGCCUACCGUAGACGAGGUCGCUGGCAUUUUUCUCUGCUCCGAGCAAGGUAAUCCACGUGAUGUUAUGCUGCAAGAUCGUGACACCGGAUAUCUCAACCGGGUAUACGAGACGCACCAGCUGUUCGACGCCAUGCAGUAUCCGCUCUUGCAUCCACACGGCGAAGUUGGAUGGACGUUUGGCAUACCGAAACAGCCAAGACGCGACGUACGCGCUGCACGACGGACCCAGCGUGACGGCCACAACGCGGAUGACGGUGACCAGAACGGUGAAAAUCGCGAAGAUAUCCGGGCAUCAUCGAGGCAAGUUUCUCCACGCGAAUAUGCCGCGUAUCGGCUGUGUUUUCGGCGAGAGGAUAUGUCCCUCAUUCACCGUGGCGGCCGGCUUAUGCAGCAAUACUGCGUGGACCAAUGUUGUAAGAUCGAGGAGCAGCGCUUGAAGUUCCAGCGAGAAAAUCAGGCGCAGCUACGUGCCGACGCCUACGGUGGGCUUAUGGAUUUGGCCGGCCCAGUCACCGUACAGCCAGGACAGGAACCACGCACACUGGAUCAGAUGGGUACGCGUAUUAUCCUAUCUCCCACGUUCCCCGGUGGCGACCGAUACAUGCGCGCUCAGUAUCAGGACGCAAUGGCUAUCGUACGGGCGAUCGGAAAACCCGACCUCUUCAUCACGGUCACGUGUAACCCGAACUGGCCGGAGAUUACUGAGACGUUGCUGCCCCGCCAGAAGGCCGCCGAUCGACCCGAUCUAACGGCGCGUGUGUUUCGGCUAAAGUUAAAAUCCCUGCUGGAGGACCUGUCGGCCGUAGUGCUUGGCCUCGAAAUAGCGCGAAUCCACGUGAUCGAGUACCAGAAGCGAGGUCUUCCGCACGCACACUGCCUGGUGAUUCUUGCUGAAGCCGACAAGCCACGGUCAGCGGCGGACUACGACAGACUGGUGUCGGCCCAAAUUCCGGAUCCUGCCAACGAAGAGCUCCACGAAACCAUCUGCAAGUCGAUGAUGCACGGACCAUGCGGUAGCUGGAAUCCGGCUGCUCCUUGCAUGAAAGAUGGUGUGUGCUCGAAACGGUUUCCCAAGCCGUUUUGCGAUGAAACGCGGCAAACGGAGGACGGGUAUCCGAUGUACCGUCGGCGAAACGAUGGCCGGACCGUUGUCGUCAAGAACGUAGCGCUGGACAACCGCCACGUAGUGCCGUACAACCCGUGGCUGUCGUAUAAGUAUAACUGCCACAUAAAUGUAGAGGUGUGUGCAACCAUCAGCAGCGUGAAGUACCUUUAUAAGUACGUGUAUAAAGGACACGACCGGGUCGCCGUUUCUACUACCGAGCCAGUGGACGAGAUACAGCAGUAUGUCGACGCGCGGUACAUCUCCGCGUCGCAGGCUGUCUCGACGAUCUUCGGGUUCGAGGUUCAGGCCAAAACGGUGACCGUCGUUCAGCUUCCAAUACACCUCGAGAACAGGCAAAGCGUGGUAUUUCGCGACACCGAAACCGUGGAUGAGGUGCUCGAGCGCGGCCACCAUACUAUGCUGACACGGUUUUUCCAGCUGGCGGCCAACGAUUCUUACGCGCGCAGGCUGACGUAUCAGGACAUCCCGGCCUACUAUCGGUACGCAAAACCGUCAGCUACGCAGCGGCUGUCGUGGCACGAUGGCACGGGCAAACAGUGGGUCCGCCGUAUCCAACAGAACGGUAUCGUUGUUGGUCGAAUGGUCUACUGCCCUAUCUCGGAUAUGGAACGUUACUGUCUGCGAUUGCUGCUCUGCUACCGUAACGGUCCGACUUCCUUCGAAGAUUUGCGCACUGUAAGCAGUUCCGUGUGUGGCUCCUUCCAGGAGGCAGCCGCCAGGUCCGGGCUGCUGCAUGACGAAUCGGAGUGGGAUCGGUCGCUCCAGGAAGCGGUAUCAUUCCAGAUGCCAUCCCAGCUGCGUCACCUGUUUGCCCUCAUAUUGUCGGAGGGUAAGCCGCUAAACCCUCACAGCCUGUGGGAAGCAUACGCCGAUCAUCUGUGCGAGGACUACCAUCGGCAACAUCGAGAGCGCUACACGGUGGACGAUUCCGAGCAAAAUCGCCUUUUGCGUGCGGAGGAACACUUCUGGGCUUUGCGGUCGAUUGACCAGUAUCUACGUGGGACAACGCCGCCGAAGACACUGGAAACGUUUCCCAGUAUGCCACAGCUAUCUCAGUUUUCCCACCUUCCGGCCGAGUUGCUGCAGUUCGACCGAGCGACCAACGCGAACGUUUUAAUCGAUGCAGAAUGCUCUUACAGCAUCACGGGGUUGGAUAGAACGCUUCGUAACGUGGACCGGUUGAAUGCAGAACAGCGUGCGGUGUACAACACCAUCACUGAAGCGGUUGAUCGGAGCAGUCAAACGGAGCAGACCGGAGGACGUGCGGCAGACGAGGAAAGUGGAAGCCUAUACUUCCUGGAUGGACCCGGUGGCACUGGGAAGUCGUUUCUGCUCGAGACCAUCCUGGCUUACACCCGACGUCAGACGAAGAUUGCUCUCGCAUCAGCCACCAGUGGAAUCGCCGCAUUGCUUCUCACUGGUGGGAAAACAGUACACUCGACCUUCAAGCUUCCUCUAAUUUUGGACGAAAAUUCCCAUUGUAACACACCCGCCCAGUCGCAGCUGGCGGACUCAAUGCGGCAGGCAACUCUGAUCGUGUGGGACGAAGCGUCCAUGAGCAGCCGAUAUGCGCUCGAGGCCGUGGACCGCACGCUCCAGGACAUCGUUGGAGUACGUCGUCCAUUCGGAGGGAAAGUUAUGUUGCUGUGUGGGGAUUUUCGCCAAAUCCUACCGAUCGUGCCAAGAGGAACGGAUGCGCAAGUGGUGCAGCACUGCAUCAAACGGAGUCCGCUAUGGCACCUCUUCCGUGUGUUGCGGUUGCGGGUGAACAUGCGCGUCCAAACGGCUCCGAACGCACGGGAUGCAGAUGAUAUUCAGGAGUUUGCCGAUUUUCUGCUUCGCAUCGGAGAGGGUCGGCAUCAAACGCUUCCGGGAUUGGACGCCACCUUCGCCAAGCUGCCACGUGACAUGAUGCUGCCCCGGACAGGCAAUCAGCAGAGCGACGUUCUAUCGCUGAUCGAUCACGUCUACCCAGAUCUUGGUCGGCAAUAUCAGCACUCCGGAUUUUUUACCGACCGAGCUAUCCUGUCACCACGGAACGUCGACGUGACCGCAAUCAACAAUAGCGUGUUGGAAGGGCUAACGGAACCGGAAGAAGUGUAUCUGUCUGUCGAUACAUUAGUCAAUAGCGAGGAACAAGAUACGCUAAUGCUGCCGACCGAGUUUCUAAACUCGCUGAAUAUGAGCGGCAUUCCGGUGCAUAGGUUACGGUUGAAGCGGUAUACGCCGGUACUACUUCUCCGUAAUCUCAACACCGAGCGUGGAUUGUGCAACGGCACGCGGCUGCAGAUCGUGUCACUUAGACCGCAUUGCCUACAUGCACGGAUUCUGACGGGCAAGCGGCAGGGUGAAGACGUAUUGUUGCCCCGUAUCUUCUGCGACAGCAAUGAUGCGACCUUGCCGUUUCAGAUCCGCCGUAAGCAAUUUCCGGUGCAAGUGUGCUUCGCGAUGACCAUCAACAAGGCACAAGGUCAGUCGCUUCACCACCUCGGACUUUACCUGCCCACCGAAGUAUUUUCCCAUGGCCAGCUCUAUGUGGCUCUCUCACGAGUGACUUCGCGGCCAAACGUGACGGUCUUGAUCGUGAACCCACAUAGAGAGGAGGACGACGGUGUUGCAGUAAAGAAUGUUGUGCAUCGAGAGGUGGUCAGCGAUUGA